CUGCAAAGCCGGAAAGUGCUGUGCCCUUAUAAGUUGGGGGAGGGGGUAACAAAAACUCUUUUUUCCAUUAAUAUUAUUUAAUAAGGAGUCGUCAGUUUAAUCCAGAAGAAUCAGUAGUAGUCUCCUACCCUGAGGCUGUGCUUCUGCUGUAAAGUUCCUGUUUCCAGUCUUAUGAUAUAGUGUGUCAUCUGCUGUUCUGGAGGAGAGAAGCUUCAGACACUUUGGGGGACCAUGCCAUGUGUGCUCGGUCUGUCUGACCUGCUGUGUAUAGAGGCACCAGCAGGGAGUGCUUCCUAGGAUGAUGACCUGCUGGCUAUCAUGGCGAAUGGGACUGGCAGUACUAUGCUAAAGUGUGUGGUGGUCGGGGAUGGUGCAGUGGGCAAAACUUGCUUGUUGAUGAGCUAUGCCAAUGAUGCAUUUCCAGAGGAGUAUGUACCUACUGUGUUUGAUCACUAUGCAGUCAGUGUUACAGUUGGGGGAAGGCAAUACCUCCUUGGACUCUAUGACACUGCUGGGCAAGAAGAUUAUGACCGUUUAAGACCGUUGUCCUAUCCCAUGACUGAUGUGUUUUUGAUUUGCUUCUCUGUGGUAAAUCCGGCUUCGUUUCAGAAUGUGAAAGAAGAAUGGGUCCCUGAACUAAAGGAAUAUGCACCAAAUGUACCGUUUUUAUUAGUAGGGACACAGAUUGACCUCAGAGAUGAUCCCAAAACCCUUGCAAAACUAAAUGAUGUGAAAGAAAAACCUAUAUCUAUGGAACAAGGGCAGAAGUUGGCAAAAGAGAUUGGAGCAUGCUGCUACGUAGAGUGUUCUGCUUUAACACAAAAAGGACUGAAAGCAGUUUUUGACGAAUCUAUUAUAGCAAUUCUAACUCCAAAGAAAACCACCAUGAAAAAGAGACUAGGAUCAAGGUGUAUUAACUGUUGUCUGAUCACGUGAGCCUGCUCUACUGUGAGAACACAUGGUACACGGUCUGUUACAAACCAAACUUUGUACCACAGCUGCAAAAUCAUUUUAUUGACCGACUUUCCAGACUUCCAAGAGAAAAUGCAUCAAAAAGGGGAGAGCGUUUGGUACAAGUCUUUUGAAGGGACGGUACAGUUUCUCAGGGUUAUAAUUUAUACAAGCUAGUGCCACAAAAUAACAGUAUUUGGAACAGCUUUGGCAAACCAUCUGGACUUGGGAAUUAUCGCUUCAACAGGAUUUCUAUAUUUGUCUGCUUAGAACGCACUAAAUUCCAUUUACUUUAGGGAAUCUGCACAUAAAGAAAAGACAUGGCUCUUGUUAUCGGCUUUUGUAGGUCAGUCGCUUCCUGUUCCAGUAAAUCCACGUGGGAGCAAUAAGAAGACCAGCCACAUACCCUAAAGUAGCACCUAGAGAGCAUGAAAUUGGCCAUACCUAAAGACAAACAAACAUAAGUUAGACAUGAUUAGCACAAGAAUUAAAGGGACAUGAAAUUCUAAAAUCUUUUAUUAUGCAUAUGAAAGAGCACUAUUUAAAUACAAUAAAUACAUAGUUUUUUUUUUGGGGUGGGAAUAUUGAGCGGAUUGAAUUAGUACAGGAAGUGCACAUUUGAGCACAUCCUGCUACAACUCUGAUAAAUUCCACAUUUUAAUUGGUGGCCAGUGACAAACAAAGUGCAACAAAGAAAAACAAAAUAAUGUCCCUUUAAAUGCAAUUUGAAUUCCUUCCUGAAUAACAGAAUAAUGGUUAUGCACUCAAUUAGAAAGCUCACUAAUGUAGUUAUCUGUAGCAAAAUAUAAGAUGCUUUUAGCAGAAGAAAUUUUAGAGCAGAUCUUAAGGGUACUUUUUAUACUGUGGGUUUUUUACAGGAGGAGGGUUUAACAGUGCCAAAGACCGGGUUUUGUUAGCAUAACAGUCUCUGCAGAAUUGUGUGAUAGUUUGCACACUUUUAUUCAUUAAAUAUACUAUUGUUAGAGAAAAUGUAUUGGUGUAUUGUAAACAGCACAAUUCCUCUAAAAAUGACCUCUACUAUCAGCUCAAAAUUUACAAAAAUAUUCCAUAUUGUUUGCCUUUUCUCCCAUAAAUCAUUCAGAUGAUUUAUUAAUGUAUUGAUGCAGUUAAAGGGACAGUAAAUGUUUUUAAAAAUUGCAUAAACAAAAACAUAAAAGAAAAAUAUUUAAAACAACCAUUUAACCUUUAUUUUAGCUACAAAAUUUCCUUUCAACUCCUGGUACCGGUCACACAACCCCCAUGUACAACUUCCAAACCCCCCCUUGAUUUUUUUUUUUUUUAAUGAACCACGAACAGUUCUGCCAAUUGUAAAGCAACAUAUUGUUGCAACUAUCCUACUCAGCAGUGUACUCACAGUGCGCAUGCAAAUAUACAGCAACACCUGCACGGUAGCUUCCCUCAGACUGAGAAACUGGUUGUUGGUACUAUUUUUUUUUUUUUUUUUAAAGACUGCUUAUAGGGAGGCAGCCAGGAGCUGAGCGGCACUUUUGUUAGUUUAAAAAUAAAAUAAUCUUUAUUGUCCCUUUUUAUCAUUGGUUUGUUUUUUAAAUACCAAUAAACAAGAAGAAAAUAAGUGAUUUAAACCAGCAAUCUGGUUGAAAUCUGUAGAUAAAAUACCAAAUACUGGUUUUAAUACUAACUGUAUCCGUACUAGCAGCUGGAUAGUAAUCUUUUAAUGUAUAUUCAUUUUUCUUGAUAUUAUUAUUAUUUUGUAUUAUUAACUAAAGGACUGACAUUACCAAAGGUACUACAGACUAAAUUAUACAUGCACAACCUAUAAAUACAAGACUUGAAAAAUUCCAUGACUUCAGUGGUCAGGCUUCACAAAUGCACUCUCCAUAUGUAAGCAGUAUGUUAAAAUAUACUGUAGAAAAUAAAUAUUGGAGAUUUUUAAUAAUUUGUUACAGCCCAAAUUAAACAUGGGAUGACACCACUGAGGAAUGAAUGGAAUGUGCUGUGAUAGUGCUCCAUAUUUUUAUAUUUAGAUAUUUUUUUCUUAAACUGGUUCUUGUGGCUUUUUUGUAUAGCUACAUUUUAUAAGUAGUUGCAUGCUAGUUAUAUUCACCCUACAAAAAAAAGAAAAUAAAGUGUUAAGGUAUUUUCUAUUGUGUGAAUGAUUAAAAGGCAUUGCAUUUGUACUAUUGCUGUUUCAAAUUAAAUGGUUUAAGAACAUGAUUUAACAAACUAUUUCUGAUUGAGAGCUGCAAUGCCAGCAGAUUUUAAGCAGGAUAUUACCUGUGUUAACUCCUUUGCAGGGCUUAAAGGGACGGUAAAUGUUAAUUAAAAAUAAAAUAAAAAAAAGUUAAAAGAAAUAGUCUAGUCAAAAUUAAAUUUUCAUGAUUCAGACAGAGCAGGCAAUUUUAAGUAACUUUCUAAUUUACUCCUAUUUUUCUUCGUUCUCUUGGUAUCUUUAUUUGAAUGUAAGCUUAAAAGCCGGCCCAUUUUUGGUUCAGCACCUGGGUAGCGCUUGCUGAUUGGUAGCUACAUUUAUACACCAAUCAGAAAGUUCUAUUCAGGUUCUAAACCAAAAAUGGGCCGGCUACUAUGCUUACAUUUUUGCUUUUUCAAAUAAAGAUACCAAGAGAACGAAGAAAAAUUGAUAAAAGUAGAAAGUUGCUUAAAAUUGCAUGCUCUAUCUAAAUCAUGAAAGUUUAAUUUUGACUAGACUAUUCCUUUAAGCAUUACAUUUACUUAAAACAGUAUAUCCUUUUAAUCCCCACCUCCUUUGUACAUGCAUUUUUUUUUAAAGGUAAAAUAUAACCGGACACGACAAAGUUGCAAUAUAACAGCCUGCAGAAGCGGUUACACAGCAUAUAUUUUUCUUUUCUUUCUUUUUCUGAAGCUUGUGAUCAGAAGCACAGCCAAUCACAAGUGAACCAUCCUCCCUAUUGGAUUUAACUGAUGCAAGCUCCUUCCUUGAGUCUAAACUAGGUUGCACAUGCGUCACACACUCAGGUAAAGAUCAGGAGCACUUCCCUGAUAACAAGCUUCAGAAAAAAAUCUGCAUGCUGUGUGCUGCACACCUUUAGAAAAAUAUGUGCAGAGAGGUGAGGAUUGCAAGAAUAUACUGUGGCAAGUAAAUGUAAUGCAGACUUAAACUGAAUGUUUACUCUCCCUAUAAAUACAUAGUAAGUUCAAGUUAGUAAUACAAAAACUACUCUAACGAAUAAGAGCAUGUCAUUUUUGUAUUAGAAUACUACUGCAUAACUGGUGAAAAGGAGCAUAAAAUGUAUUGUAGCUGCUAUACCAGACUAGUGGUGAACCUGGGAGAAGUGUAUUAUAUAUAAUGGUGUGCAGGCUGUGGCUAAGAUUACUGAAACUAACAAUGCUUUAAUAUAGUAUAGUGUUUUAGAUGGGUUUUUUUUAGUUUUGUAGAAAUGUUAUCUCUAAAGGGGAGCACAGAAAAACCUUAUUGCAAGUCUGCACAACUCUCUCACGCCAAUGUGCCUCAGCUUUUUCUUUGGAUCAAACUAUCUCCGUUGCUAGGAGAGUGUUCUUCUGUCAUGCCUAAUAAACUUGUGUUUUUUCUUUUUGUCUCCUAUAAGCUGUAUACAUUUCUAAAUAAAGAAACCAUCUUAAUCUGCAAAA